UGCACUGUACACAGACAAGAUGGCAGCCUCAUUGGAAGACGAAUUUGAAGAUGCGCCUGAUGUGGAGCCGUUAGAGCCAACACUGAAGAAUAUUAUUGAGCAGAAAUCUUUGAAGUGGAUAUUUGUGGGUGGAAAGGGUGGUGUUGGUAAAACUACGUGUAGCUGUAGUUUAGCUGUCCAGCUGGCUGCUGUGAGGGAAAGUGUCCUCAUCAUCUCCACUGAUCCUGCUCACAACAUCUCUGAUGCCUUUGACCAGAAGUUCUCAAAGGUGCCUACCAAGGUCAAGGGCUAUGACAACCUCUUUGCAAUGGAGAUUGACCCAAGUUUAGGUGUAGCAGAGUUGCCUGAUGAAUUCUUUGAGGAGGACAACAUGCUAAGCAUGGGGAAGAAGAUGAUGCAGGAGGCCAUGAGUGCCUUCCCUGGUAUUGAUGAAGCCAUGAGCUAUGCGGAGGUCAUGAGGUUAGUGAAGGGAAUGAACUUCUCUGUUGUGGUCUUUGACACUGCCCCCACCGGUCACACGCUGCGGCUGCUUAACUUUCCCACCAUUGUGGAGCGCGGUCUAGGUCGGCUCAUGCAGAUAAAGAACCAGAUCAGCCCUUUUAUCUCCCAGAUGUGUAACAUGCUUGGUCUGGGUGACAUGAAUGCUGACCAAUUGGCCUCGAAGCUAGAGGAAACCCUACCAGUCAUCCGCUCAGUCAGUGAGCAGUUCAAAGAUCCUGAACAGACCACCUUCAUCUGUGUAUGUAUUGCUGAGUUCCUCUCCCUGUAUGAGACGGAACGCCUGAUACAGGAGCUGGCCAAGUGUCACAUUGACACACACAAUAUUAUUGUGAACCAACUUGUUUUUCCCGACUCAGAGAGGCCCUGUAAAAUGUGUGAAGCCCGCCAUAAAAUUCAGUCCAAGUAUCUAGACCAGAUGGAAGACCUUUAUGAAGAUUUCCACAUAGUCAAGUUACCACUGCUUCCCCAUGAAGUGCGAGGUACUGACAAGGUCAACACGUUCUCUAAACAACUCCUGGAACCCUACAAACCCCCAAAUAAAUGAUCUCCUUCCACUGAGGAUCACCUUUUCUGCCUACAGACCACACCAGUACUAUCAAUAUUCUUCUGAGCCCCUCAAACCAACCACAAACCCUGCAGUAACCCUUCAAGUUUAUCCACUCGGUCCUCAGCAUGUCAUACAAAGCAGAUCACUGCUACUGCAAGACACAUGUUGUUAUUUUAGGGGAGCUGAUGAAAUUACACAUAAACAUAACCUACUGUACUAAUAGGGAGAAGAGACGGUACAGAUUGUGCUAUUUUACUGUAUUUUACCUUCUUUGUCCUUCAUAUCCUCUGUGUGGCAAAUGUAUUAUUUCUAAUCAAAGCAUUUAACUUUUUCUCUACAAAUAAUCUCCUCUUCUUCCCCUUUUGCCAUCCUGCUCAGUGCCGAGCCUCAGUUGUGAAAACAGUGUGUUGCCAGUGAAGCCAGGAUUAAAUAGCUUUCAGAUGGCUGAUGUAAAUGUCUUUUUAUUCAGAGGCUGUCUUUUCUAUUAUUUGGUUUUGUGUUUCAAAAAGAACAAUUGACUCUGAUAUAAAAAAAUCAAAUCCAUUUACUGCUCAUUUGAAAUUGACAAAGUUGUUUUAGACUUAGCUGGUUAGAGCUCAAACAGGAAUUAAUUUUAAAAUGGGCCAAAAACACAAUCUGGUCUUAAAGGUACAGUGUGCAAAAUUGGGAAUAUUAGCAACAUUAAAGAGUCAGAUUCUAGUUUGGGAUGCUUGCUUCUGGUGGUAACAGUGGCAACAAGUAGAAAUGAAGAAAAUUCCUUUCUGUCAUUUUACUUAGUGUCUUCAGUGGUACUGUAGUAACAUGCAAGAUGAAAAUCCAAGAUAGCGGAGUCUGUGGAGGGGACCCUCCCUAUGUAUGAAUAAAGACUUAUUCUAGUUUAAUAAAAAUAAAACAAUUUUAGAUAUUCAGGUGAUUAACAACUCACUUAGAUUGACCUAGUAUGUGUGUGUGUGUUUUUUUACACUUUUUUUUACAUUUCCUUUGUUACACUAAAUUCUAGUGGGUGAAACAUUACACACUGUACCUUAAAGACCUUGUCCCAAUCAUCACCCUCAUUAUUUUUGCAAUACAGAUAGAACCAGAACAGUUGUGUUCUUAAUAUUAAUCAAAUCAAUUGUCCUUAACUUGCCGUUUGUUCCUGGUGUAAUGCAGCUACCCGUCAUCAAUUUUAUCUUGUAGAAAUAAAAUUUGGAUGUUAAUUAUCAUAUAUGGCAUGAACGAAGUCCCUACUGGGCCAACAUUUCUGCUUUAGGUAGUACAUAACUGAAAACAGCCGUAGUUAAAAUUUUUAAGAGGCAAAUGUCUGAAAUGAUUGUUAAAGUUUAAAUGGCUAAAAGUUUUGUUGGUAACUAAUCUGUGCCUACCAGGUUACCAUAGGCACUUAACUAACGUUUGCUGUCCAUCCUGUCAAUACAAACUAUUGCAAACAUUUAUACCCUUAUGUAGGAAAUUAUAAUUAAAGAAUAUAUUGAAUGUUUAUCAAUCAUAUUUUGAACUAGUGAAUGAUGAAUUCAAGUAAAAGAAGUCAUAGUUCGGAGUUGACUGAAUUCUGGCCAGUGGUUAGCUUGCCACAUGUCAUUGUGCUUGAACAGAAUAAUUUAAAUGGCAGAUUCAGGCACAGGGAAGACACAUAUAUAUCCCCUCUUAUUGUGAAUGCUUUUAAGAUAAGUUUUUGACGAGUUAAUUUCAGAUGUUUUGCAAGGAUGAAUUAAAAAGACUUGCUUUA